UUCUUUUUUUGCAUUGUUGGAGCACCUCCAAACAUUUAGAUAUAAACUGAAUAUAAAACUGUCGCCUGGGAUUAAAUUUUGAUCAGUAUAUUAUGGCUGUAGUGAUUGAAAGCAAUAGUUAAAUUUGUGCUCAAGCAACUAAUCAAAGAAUACUUAAAAAGUACAAAUAAGAUUAACCUUCCUCGACAGUGUAAUUCAUUGGUGGUUUUAGGAAUCUUUGAGUGACAAGGUAGCGAUGUUCAACCAGUACGCGAACACACACAAAGACAAGCAAAAUAAAAAUCCGUUCACGUCCGGAUUGAACCUCGAGAAGCGUACGUUCUCCAAAGAAGAGUAUGGCAGACCGGUAGCUGGAUCUCUGACGGACAUUCGCGGUCGUAAAGCCACAGCACAUAUUCUAAAAGAAGUGGUCGAAUUGUGCGAGGUGAUCUAUCACGAGGGGACACCAUGUCGAGAUCAACCCGAGAUCACCGCCAUCACGUUCGGCGAUCUGUUCAACAUUUACACGCACAUCAACGACAAAUGCGUGGGCCUACUGCUGAGGGCCAGAAAACAGAAGUUCAUUGACUUCGAAGGGGAAUGCCUUUUCCAGAGACGAGACGACGAUGUACCGAUAUACUUAGUGAAACCCAUCGCAGAGAUCCGACAGACGUACAACCAACGACUAAAGGAGAUAACAAAGGAAACGCCAUUAAGUUAACAAUGACCCCCCUCCACCCUGUUUCUUCCAUUCUUUGAUCGUUGACAUAUUGCAUCGCCUCUGUUAUCCUGUAUUUAUUUACGACAUGACCAUAGAAAUAACGCGAAUGACCAUUGUGUAUAGUUUGUAAUUUCUAUUUGAGCCCGAGAUUGCGUACGUGAAAUGAGUGGGUGAGAAUUUGUGAGUACUAAUGUAGAUCGACGUAAGGAAAGGAAUACGUAAAAUGUGAUAUUCUAUAGAACGUUAAAAAUAAAAGUUUUUAUAAAA